UUUGUGGUAAAGUGGCAUCAUUGAUUGUUGACAUGUGUGCGUGCGUACGACAAUAUGUCAUCUUUGUAAUAUAUGACAAAUAUCUUCGUAAAUAUUUAUAGUGUUUUCCAUAUAAUAAAAUUUUGAUAAAUAUAUUGGUAGUUUUCUACAACUUUUACAAUUUUAAAUUCAAAGUGUAUUCAAAAGUAAAUAAAUAUUUUUUGUUGUCCGUGCGACAACUAUCAAAUAGUAGCAAGGCAAUGGCACGUUCAAUACCGGAUAGAUGGCUUAACUAUACUCCAAUGGGUCAACGGGUUGAAGGGACACGGUUUAUUGCAUUUAAAGUGCCGCUUCGCGAGGCGGUUAAUGAAAAUGUGGAGGAACAGCGUCGACUCGAUGUAACAAUUUUACUGAAAUCAAUACCGAACUUGGGUAUGAUUAUAGAUCUGACGAACACUUCACGUUAUUAUACGCCAGAUUGCUUUGUAAAUAAGGGCUUGGAGUACAAUAAAUUAAUGAUACCUGGCCAUCAUAUACCACCGCCAUAUUUGGUUCAUCGCUUCAAAAAACUGGUUUUUGAUUUUUUAAAUAAAAAUGCGGGUAACGAUAAACUUAUUGGUGUUCAUUGUACACAUGGCGUCAAUCGUACUGGCUACUUGAUUUGCAAUUAUAUGAUAUCUGAGCUAGAUGUGAAACCCGAAGAUGCAAUAGACAAAUUUAAUCAUUCGCGCGGUCAUAAGAUCGAACGGAAAAACUAUUUAGAUUCGCUUUAUGAUUUAACAAAAGCUGCACAAAAUGCCAACAGCACCGAAAGUAACUAUAACGCGUUAAAACCAGAUACCAAAUCUUUAAUUGAAGCGUCUAGCAAGAAACCAAUCUCAACUCAAGAACUUAAAUUACCGCCGUCACCCAAUGACCUCGACAGGCGCGCUCGUUUCGAACGAGCACUUUCAUGGCCCGCAACGCAGGAGCUUAAAUUAGCGCCGUCACCGAAGCAUUUCGAUAGGCGCGAUCGUUUCGAACGUAUACGACAGGAUGCAAAUAUGCAACAACAACGCAUCACCAGUGCUGCCAAUGCUGCAGCAGCAAGUCCAGCGCGCCAAUUGUUGGAUAACAGCUUUGCCAAUUCACAGCGAAAUGAGCGCAACUAUAGCAGUCGUUAUGUAAAUACUAGCAGACAUUUGAAUCAAGGUGGUGCAAGCUAUCCCUAUCCUAAUCGCCAACACCAAGACACAAUACGUGCGAAUUAUAACCAAUACGUUGAUUAUGCGCAGAACAAUUACCGUUAUGAGGACAGCACAUAUCAGAGGCGUUAUGAACUGAACAAACGUUUGCCUCAAAGCAGUAAACAUCGCAAUCAUCCAUAUCGGCGCAUAUAGAUUUUGUGUGGCGCUUAAAUUGCCUUGUGAAUUUGUAUAUAUGUACAUAUGUAUGUUUAUGCAUAUGUCUAUUUUUGGACAUCCAGUUUAUUUUGAUAAGCACAAGCGCGAACUCUGCGAUAUUCGUCUAACAACUGUUGGUAUGCAAUCAACAAGCAUUAUGCAAAUUUUGAAAUUAUUUUGAAAAUAGUUGACAAGUUUUCUGAUUUAGCGUAUAAACUCAAAAUUUUAGAAAAAAAAUUGUUAAUUGCAUUUUAAGCUUUACUUGAAGCAAGUUGUUUUAACUAAAAUUUGCAUAGUAAAUAUCAAAGAAAAUUUUUUAAACAGUUGUGUAACAGAAAUUUAUAUACAAAAAGAUUCGCUUAAUUAUGCUUUCAAUAAAAAAUCUAAUGUACACACAUAAAAAACUAUCAAGUAAAUACUUACAACAAGUUUA